AUGGCUGGUAACCUGCCACAAGAGGUGGAAGCUUAUCUCGAGGAAAUAGUCAAGCGUCUGACGGAAUACCUGCAACACCAGCUCGUGGGGAUAUAUCUAUUUGGUGACGGAUCGGCUGAGCACCGUCGAGAAGCAGGCUGGCAAUUCAUUGUCACGGGCGAGUUCUCUUCCAAAUCGGAUGGGGCCAAAUGGGCCCUACAACAACAGGACUGUCCGGACGUUGUUCGACGGGCAAUCCUCGCGCGCAACACAGGCGACAAACUCCCUGCGGCCCAGGCAAGGAUGCUCUAUGAUAUUGUUAUGACGGCCAACCGUGCCAAACUCGCGACGAAUAUAUAGCUUGACUUGGGCCCCCCAAUCCAUGGCAGCAGGUAAGCCAUCGGGGUCAUAGAGCAGGGGUGGACAAUCGAGAUCUUUAUUUAUCUAUACUCAGAUUUUAGGCCAGUUCAAGAGUAUGCGAACAGAUGAUUUAUUGGGUCUUGAGGAGAUGUGGUGAUGUCGAAUGACACGAUCUUCCUGCGCAAUUUUAAUAACAGGAUGCUCAGGACGUUCAGCUACUUUAGCAGUUUUGGUUUUUCUUGGUUAUGGAACCAAUAUUUGACGUUGGCCGGAUCGAGGUUCCUUACCAUUCAGCAGUGGGUUGGGUUUGUUGCUGGUGUCUUGGGUAAAGCAUUUCAAAUCAAAGAACCGUAUAGAAUAUUACUCGAAGCAGUAUAACCGAGGGC